GGGAGAGGAGGGAAGGAAGAAAGGCGAGCGAAGAGGGUGGGGGAGUGAUGGAGAGCGAGAGAAAGAGGAGGAGAGAGGACGGUCAGACCCGGUGUCUGGAACCCAGGGGCCUAGAACGCAUUCCUCCGGAGAGCAGAGUCCUAGUCUGCAGCCGGCCAGGGUUAUAGCCCGCCCUUCGGAUGAAAAGAGAAAGGAAGAAUGGACUACAAUCACCAAACGUCCCUCGUCCCCUGUGGACAAGAUAAAUACAUUUCCAAGAAUGAACUUCUCCUGCAUCUGAAGACCUACAACCUGUACUACGAAGGCCAGAACUUGCAGCUGCGACACAGAGAGGAAGAAGAUGAGUUCAUUGUGGAGGGGCUGCUGAAUAUCUCCUGGGGGCUACGCCGGCCCAUCCGCCUGCAGAUGCAGGACGACAAUGAACGCAUCCGCCCCCCUCCGUCUUCUUCCUCCUGGCACUCGGGCUGCAACUUGGGGGCACAAGGCACCAUUAUGAAGCCCCUCACCAUGCCUAACAUUCAGAUCUCAGAGGUGGAUGCGUCUCCUGAGAGUGAACAGACGCCAAGCCCCACAGACUCCAGGGGACUGAAGCCUGUGCAGGAGGACACCCCACAGUUGAUGCGCACACGCAGUGAUGUUGGGGUACGUCGCCGUGGCAAUGUGAGAACCCCCAGUGACCAGCGGCGAAUCAGACGCCACCGCUUCUCCAUCAAUGGCCAUUUCUACAACCACAAGACCUCCGUGUUCACACCUGCCUAUGGCUCCGUCACUAACGUCCGCAUCAACAGCACCAUGACCACCCCACAGGUCCUGAAGCUGCUGCUCAACAAGUUUAAGAUAGAGAAUUCAGCGGAGGAGUUUGCUUUGUACGUGGUCCACACCAGUGGUGAGAAGCAGAAGCUGAAGACCACUGAUUACCCACUGAUUGCCCGAAUCCUCCAGGGCCCAUGUGAGCAGGUCUCCAAAGUGUUCCUGAUGGAGAAGGACCAGGUGGAGGAAGUCACCUAUGAUGUGGCCCAGUACAUAAAGUUUGAGAUGCCUGUCCUUAAAAGCUUCAUUCAGAAGCUCCAAGAGGAAGAAGAUCGUGAAGUAAAGAAGCUGAUGCGCAAGUACACCGUGCUCCGGCUAAUGAUUCGGCAAAGGCUGGAGGAGAUAGCCGAGACCCCAGCAACGAUCUGAACCAUGAGAACAAGGGGAUCCAGACACCCCAGGGGUUGCCGUUGACUUGAAACAAUCCACAGGAAGCUGGGUUCUUUCCUUCCAUGGAAAUGUUGCAAUGCAGAUCUUUGCAGUGCCUGAUCAGCCAUUAUUUGCUCCCUGGAGCAGGAUGAAGAAGUCAGAGGACAAGUCCCCAUCCCUGGAUCCCUGCUCUCUUCCCUUUCACUCACAAGACUUCUGUUCUAAGGAGAACCCAAAGUGUGUGUGUGCGCACACAUAGGAUACAUGUCCAUGGGUCUCCCUGAUAUUUUCACAUGCAAUUAAAUUUCAAGCCACCAGCACAAGUGCCAUGAGGCUGGCAGAUGAGCUGUUGAUGGGCAGGAAAGUCAGGGGGAGUCCCUAUCUCAAGGGCUUUCAGCUAAAGAAGUGAUUUCUCCCCUCUGGUGCCAGGGGGAAGCCACUCAUAUCUGCCUGUCUCUGACAGAGGAAGAGUCCCUCGAGCUCACCAUUUGGGGGGUUUAUAUGUUAGUAGAGAUUCUCCUUGUUUGCCUAGAAGGAUCUGUGGAUGAGAUCCUUGGAAAUUAAUAAAACAAUAGCUUCAUACCUUUGGGGCAAGUCUGAUGGAAAGAAAAAGAUAAACCUUCACAUGGGGUAGAUGCAAUGAGUGUUCGUGAGUUUUUACACUGGAAAUUUUGAUUGUUUUAAAUAACAAAGAUGAAUGUGCGAUGCUGUGUGGAUGCCCGGAAAGAAUGGAUUCUUCCUCCGUGCCACCUCUGUGGCCACCUGUGUAUCUCUGCUUUCCAAGCUGCCAGCUCAUUUCUCCGAUGCUUCUUUGUGCUGAAGGAAAGUCUCUUGAAUCAGUGGUCUGUCUGGCGGGCACAUGGCACUGCCUAGUGGGUAUGCCCAGGGCUUGUUUGGGGAUGGUGGCCAGGAAGUUUCCAAGCUCCAUCCUUAAGUCUCAAGAGAAGGGUAGAGGUCACCUGCAGAAAUGACAGGUGCCUUUGUGCCCCACCCAUCUUCACAUCAACAAGUCUUUCUGAAUUUGGAGCCAGGCUGUGUGUGUUCUUGGUCAAGACCUUACUCUUCCCAACCUCUGGAUUCUUGGCAAGUUCCCUCACCUUGGAUGUGGAGAUGGAACCCCAGAGUAAGGACGUGUCCUGCUGCCCACUGAACGUGGUCUCAGGGAAGCUGCCUGGUGAAGGUGCCUAGAGAGGACAGAGCUUCUCUUUCAGCUUCUCAGCAGCCACUGUGCGGAUCUUUACAGCCAACCUCCCUGGGGGGAAAGAGCAGGGGCAGUGUGUCCCCUGUGACUCCAACGAGGAAGACUGCCAGGCAUCUGGGCACCUGUGUGGCUAAUACUGUUUAUCUGGAGGGAGAGACAGAUGUUUGGAGCCAGGUGUUGGGCUAUGGAGAUCAAGCAAGCAAGAUCUGGAACUUCUAACAGAGGCACCUCGGCUCAUGAGGGAAGGGGCGUGCCCAUCUCUUUUCUACCUCCUUUCCAAGGACAGGUUUGGGGAAGGAGAGCCAUGGCUGGUGCCUCCCACGGAAGGUGGGCCUCUGUGGCAGAGCUGUUGUUGCCCUAGGCACCCUCCCAUCCCCCAUCUGCACUCCAGGCCUUCUCUGUGGCCUAUUUAAAAGGCUCAUAGCUAUGGUCUUACUGUGGACUUCCAAAAAGAUGGCACGCUGCCAGAGGCGCUUUGCAGGUGGUGGUGGGGGAUCUCUUAGCAAGCUUAUUCCCUCUGCAGGGCCAGCACCACCAGACCCCUGGGGCAUGUGGUAGAAACCCAGAGGGGCUUAGGCUCAAUCAUACAUUUCUGCAAAGUGCACAGAAUUGGGGGGGAAGUGGGGAGGGGUUGUGUGUGGCAGUGGGGAGAAGUUUCCUUUGUUACAGAUUCAAAAGAUCAGUUUUGUGAAUGCAAACAGAGAGGUUUGCAUUUGAGAAAGGGAUUUGGAGAAUUUCUCUCCCAGUUAUUUUUUAUCACGAAUGUUCAAAGCCUUUCGUUGCCCCAAUAAUUCUCCUUUGGGAGCUGGGGGGUGGGGGAGAAUUUCCACAAAGCUAAUUACUAACCACUAAUUCUUAUUGGACAGCUAUUUCUGGUUCAUAAAAGUUCUUUGUAAUUUGUACUAGCACCGCGAUGAUGAUUGUGUUAAAUAUGGAAAUGUUGCAAAAUGCUAAUUUGACAGGACACUUGCCGAGAACGUGAUACCAAGCGUUUUAAAGAUGGGGUUUUGGAAUAGAAGUGGGGGAAAAGUACAUCCUACAUCAUCCACUUCCACUAACACACUUUUCUAUUUUGGCUCAUCCUGUAGAGAUCAUUUCUCACUUAACCUGAUCAAGAAUUUUGGAAACUUGACCAGGAGUGUAGCUCAACCUAGGGCCCAUACUUAGCAUGAAUGAAUCCCUGGGUUCAGCCAGCACCCAAAACAAACAAACAAAAAAGAACCCAAACAAAAACAGAAUUGUAGAAACCUUUGAAAUAGCAGCCUCAGCACAGUGUGGACCGGAUUUUCUCACUGGUAUCACAUGGCCUUGCUGCUUUGAACUCCUCAAUCUAUUUGUGUGGGUUUAUGUAAUUGUGUGCAAUGAACCUGAAAUUGUGUGAAGAACAAAAGGCCAAUGUAUAGGGUUAUUUUUCCCCCCAACUUGUGAAAAGCAGUUUAGCUGCAUCUGGCUUCUUUUUUUUUUUUCUUUUGGGCAGGGGCUUAUGUUACAAGGUGAUCAAGUGAAGAAAAAAACCUGAAUCUGUCUGACUGGGCUGGUGGAAUGAAGCACAAGGUCACAUUCUCAGUGAUCAUAUUAGUGGGAAAAUUAAAUGGACAGGUGUUAUUUGGGAAGGGGCUGAAAAGCACAAAUGACAGGCCUGUGCGAGUCAGGGAGGCGUGUGCGCCCUGGUCUUUGGGCUGGAUGGAUUUCAACUUUGAAUUGAGGUUAAGGUAAGAGGGUCUCAGGAGAUUAGCCACCCAUUCCUGAGACAAGCGUGGAGGCUGGAGGUCACUGUUUCCUUGAAGACAAGCUGGUACAGAAGCGUCAGAUGCUUCAAAGGGGAAAUAUUUGCAUCCUCCUCCUUACCAAAAGGAAAGCAAUGCUCUUCUCACAACUUCCACAUAAAGACAUUUUAUCAGCAUAUCCAUGGCAAAUGAUAACCCUCCAAAACCUGUUCUCCGUGCAAAAACAUCUUGGUGAGAAUUGCUUCCUAUGGAGUUGGGAGACUAUUGCAGUGUCAGGAGACUAAUGCAACCAAAAAAAAUCAAGAAACUCUUAAGAAAAGAAAAGCUUUCUUAUUUUUUGUACCAGGGAUUGAACUCAGGGGCACUUGGCCAUUGAGCCAUAUCCCUAGCCUCUUUUGGUAUUUUAUUUAGAUACAAUGUUUCACUGAAUUGCUUAGCACCUUGCUUUUGCUGAGGCUGGCUUUGAACUCUCAAUCCUCCUGCCUCAGCAUCCCGAGCUGUUGGCUUUACAGGUGUGCACCACUGCACCUAGCUGAAAAGCUCUUUUUCAAAAUGUCAAAAACCAGCCUAAAGCCACAUUUUAUUUCAAAGCUCUGUAACACAGAGAACUUGAUAUCCGAGAUGAUGUCUCUAAGAUAGAAGUUUCUGUGUGGACAAGGGACUUGCAGUGUCUCAAGUGUCCAAACCAUGACAUUGAGAGUAAGAUAGAGAGAUUGCCUGGAGUCUCUCUUAUACAACAGCAUGCCUGCAUUUUUGAGUGUCUACUUAAAUUGUUUUACACAAAGCCUUGCUCAAGUCAGAUAAGAUAUGAUCUCCUAAAUGUAAACAUAGAAAGGAAUGGGGCACCCCUUCUUUCAGACCUAACCAGAAGUGUUUACUCCAUCACAGGAUGUUAAAGUGCCCCUCUGCCUGUCCUCACCUUUUAACUAAGCACAGAGAAGCACAAGCUGUGAAGAAAAGCCUCAGCUUCCCUUUGGGGUCUUCCUGGCAGAUCACAGACCUGUUUCCGGGCUGAUGGUUUCUGAUGUGUAGUUACUAGUGUUUCUUAAGGGUUCCCCCUCUUGUUUGAGUUUUGUGAAGUAUUCUUUUCCUAACUUGCCUUCCGGUCAUGGUACCUAGCCUGGUUCAAUGUUUGAUUCUGAACUGAUAAAUAGAUGCAUUUAGGCAUCUUAACAUAAUUUGACAAGGCCUCAGUAGGGAGCCGAACAUUUUUUGUAACCUUUUAAUAUGUUUUAAUGCACCUGAUUUAGCUCUUAUUGAAAUAAAGCACUUUUUAAAGAGAAA